GAGAGCAAAGAGGGCAGAGCAAGGACCAUGAGGCAUUAUUUUUUGGAAAUACAGUAUAUCCGUGGAUGUCAAGGCUGAUACUAGGAAAAUAUUCUUGGCGACGACGAAUUUACAUUUCGUACAGCAUGAAUAUUGCUCUUACCAUUGGAUGCAUUUAUUUUCGAUCACAGGCGAAUUACUUCCUGGAAAAAGCAAUGGGUUGCUGCAAGCUCCUAUUUCAAGUAGUAGACAUGCUGGAUUUCUCUGUUAACUGGGAGGCAAUGAAUAUAUCGGUGGUCUUAGAGAUUCCGGUUUCGCGGAUAUACCUCGAUUUGCCGACUUGGAACGGUCGUGGUCGCCGAACAAACUGGGACCAACUGCGGAUGAAGGAUAUCUUCGAAUAUAGUCCAAUUCACAACUGUUUGAGACAAAGAACUUACUUGUCAAACACAAGGUUUAAACAUCGAGUAAGCCGAUUCCAUUCUUGGUUAGCAGAUGGCCAGAGCCCAGUGCACUCCUCCAUUGCAACUUUGUUCACACCGCACAACCUCAGACCAGACAGCCAACUCCAGUAUACGCUAUAUCGAAUGCCUCAACCUAACUUCGAAGAUCUACUGACGGUAGAGCUACCAGGAGCCUUGGACUUCCAUCAUAUAUCACUCAAGUUAUUCCGGAUCUCACAGUUACUCCCCAUUGAUGCCUUACCAGCCCACUAUCCGCGUGGUCCGGCUACGGCAUGGCGCGCCUUAUAGUUAUCUUCCUUCCCACACCAGGCGCACACCGUGCUCUGGAGAUGUUACCAUCGUAAGUUGCCAACACGCCAGCGUCUCCACCA